AUGCUCGACUGGACACAGGUUACCCCAGCGUUUCUCGGACGCGAUGCCGUGAUCGCGUCCAUUCUUGUGGCUUCGCUGUCUGGGCUGUACCUUCGAAAACGCUCCCGGAAUGCGUUGGGCUUGCCUUACCCGCCAGGGCCAGAGCCCAGUCCAAUCCCAUUCUUGGGGAAUCUCCCGGAUAUGCCCUCUUCAGAAGAAUGGCAUACCUUUACGGAAUGGGGGAAGCAGUACGGUCCCUUGGUGAUGAUCAGCAUACUGGGCAAGAAGAUGUGUAUCAUCAAUACAGCGAAGGCAGCUACAGACCUGCUCGACCAACGCUCCUCGAUCUACAGCGACAGGCCGUCGAUGCCCAUGGUCUGUGAUCUGAUGGGCUGGGACUUCAAUAUGGGACUGCAGCCGUAUACGCCCGCGUACACCACCGCACGCAAGCUCUUCCACUUUGGCUUCAACAAUCGCGCAUCGGAGCAGUACAUUCCCAUUCAAACCGUACGUAGUACUCAGAACCCUGUAAUCGUCGUCUCAUCCUUCAUAGCGAGAGAUCAUCUUGGCUCUAGGCAAGCUGCUCAAGAGCCCGGAGCAGUUCGACGAGAUUCUGCGAUCGAUGACGAGUUCGUCCGCGUCGCGGAAGAGGCGCAAUUGGCCAUGGUCUCCGCAGCUCGGCCAGGUGCUUACCUCGUCGACAUAUUCCCGAUCCUCAAGUACGUUCCGGAGUGGUUUCCAGGUGCUCGCUUCAAGCGCGUCGCACGAGAGGGCUACGAGCUUGCUCAGGAACUGCAAGAGAAGCCGUGGGCUUGGGCGCAGGACCAGUUCGCCAAGGGCGAGGCGAAGCCUAGCUUCUUCACCGCGCUUUUGGCUGCAAAAGGCUCCUUCAGUAAGGAUGCGACCGAGGAGGAGAAGAUGAUGAAGAAGUCGUGCGCGGUCAUGUACGCAACCGCUGCUGAUACGAUCCUUGCGUCGCUGCUCAACUUUGUGUUGGCCAUGUUGCACGCUCCUGAAGUUCAGAUCAAGGCCCGGGAGGAAUUGGAUCGUGUUGUGGGCGCUGCGCGCCUUGCCACGAUUGCUGACAGGAAGGACCUUCCUUACAUCGACGCCAUAGUGAAGGAAACGUACCGAUGGGAGCAAGUCAUCCCUCUUGGUGUUCCGCACCGCGUUAUGCAGGACGAUGUCUACGACGGUUAUUUCAUUCCGGAGGGAACAACAAUGAUUCCAAACCAGUGGGGCAUUGCUCAUGACGAGAGCAUGUAUCCCGACGCGAUGAGCUACCGCCCUGAGCGCUUCAUCGGGGUACCUGACGCCAAAGACGGCGGCCCUCGCAACCCAAACACCAUUGCCUUCGGAUGGGGUCGUCGUAUCUGCCCAGGUCGAUUCAUGGCGGAGAACCAGCUUUGGUUGCAUGUUGCAACCACCCUUCAAUGCUUCAAUAUCGAUCCCGCAGUUGACGACAAUGGUAUGCCCGUCAUUCCGCCUAGGACCUACACAUCGGGCAUGGCGAGCCGCCCUCUCCCGUUCACGUGCAAGAUCACGCCCAGGAGUGCGGCAUACGCCUCGCUCAUCGAGCAGAACAUCGCAUACCAGGAGUAG